AAAAAGUAGAGUAAGUGUAGAUAAAGCAAACCACAAUAUACAAACACAAUAUACAAACACAAGCAUAAGCACAAGCUUAAGGUCUAGCACAUUUAUUAUUAGCAACAAUAGAUAUCACACCAUUGAAAACCGAAAUUCCCCAUCCACCUCAUCGUUAGAGUUUGAUAGGCAACAAAUUAAAAAAAGUACAAAGCUUGGAUGAUUAAGUUGAUGCUCUAUAGCACCACUUACAAUACGAGAAAGGUCAUUUCCUUACCACAUUGAUGUGCCUUCAACUGUAAGUCCUCAUGAAAAAAUAAAAAUAAAAUAAUGCUUCUAGCCGCCGACAAAUAGGGAAGGUAAACAUGGAUAAACAGACGAGGUAUAAAUAAAGGGUGACAAUUAAAAUCAAGCAGGGUUUACUAAAGGACUAAACGCAGUCUAAACUCUUGGGCGGUCUGGGUGCAUGCCAAACUAGUCAAAAAUUUAAACAUAUGAAUAGUUUGUUUACUGGUCGAGUCAAGAAUGAACUGGCACAUACCGUAUAAUUAAGGCACCGUUAAGUUUGAAAAGGGUAUUUUUUUCUAUUGUUUGCCUUACAAAAAACCGCUUGAUUGUUUGCUGAAACUUUAGGCUAGCAUUGACGGAUUCCCUAAAGCAACUUCGAUAAAUCGAUAACUAGUAAAUCGAUGAAUCUGCGAAAUUUUUCGAACGCAAGUCAUUAACCGCCUCAUGUACUUCUAUGCCUGCAAUUUUCAUAAUUUUGAUUUUGGAAUGCGGGAUCAAUCGAAAAUGUAGAAGACAGCCAUCACAUUAGUCCGUCAAAUUAUCUGCAACAGGUACGUGCCAAUUUUGUUUGUGAGGUGUUGUAAAACUUUGACAAUGGGUUGAUGGCUGAACAAUUAGCCGGAGUAACGGCAUGAAGUGUUUAUGUAUGGUCUAAUGACUAGUCAGAUACAAUGGUGCAAUUGUUUGAAAAAUUAUAAACAUUAUACUCUUUAAGCGAGUUCAACCAUUAUAUUGAGACCGCCAUUAUUUAAAAAAACCUACUAGCCGAUAUCUUAUUUUAGAAAUUAGAAUAGGCGGCUCUCGUUUCCGCUCAGCACUGUUCACGCGAGCUAAGCAACAAACCAACUGCUUUGAAUCUUCGACAGCAUUGGAUCAAACACAAUUGGCCGCAAUACGAUGCUGGUGAGAAGGGCUACCUGGUCAUGGGCUCAUAUAGGGGAGCGCGUGGAUAGGUACGCAGGCACUGUAGAGCAUAUCUUUUUGCCGUUUUGCAUCAACGAUCGGCAAGUGUGCAGGGGAUUACUGUAUGGGUUAAAAAUUUUCAUCGAAAUGUUUCGAAGGAGGUGGAAAAGGAGUAAGCUUGCGUCACAAAAUAUCGUGAUUAAAGUUUGUGGACCUAGGGCGAGAAUUUAAUAUAGGGGAAAAUAUACAGUG